AUGUCUUGCGAGUCGCCAGGAAACAUUCAUCGGUUCUACACUCCUUCUUCUUCACCUCUUCAACAAAGGGCGAAGACAAGUUUAGGGAUGACUUCAGACUUAAGUGUUCACGAAGUUCUCAACAGCUUUGAUGCUAUGUCCGAGAUUCUCCUCCGUUUACCUCCUUACACAACCUAUAAGCUGAUUCUUGUCUCAAAGAGAUGGCUUCAGAUCAUCUCGAACCCUUUCUUCCGACAAGCUUACUUAACCAAGUGGAAACCAAACUUCCAUCUCAUCGGUUUCUUCAUCUCCAACACAAUGUACCUUGGCAAACGCGUGGAAAGACUUCACCGCCCUCGCUCUGAAUCCUCUCUGUCUUUACUCUCGACAAGCAGUUUAGGAGAUGAAGUUGAGUCCUCUGGUGUUCUGAAGAAGCUUGGUUACUACAUUGACUCUUCUUCUAACGGGUUUCUUCUCUGUGGUCGCCAUCCAAAGGCGUAUUACGUGUGGGAUCCUAUCACACGUAAGCAUCGUCAGAUACCGAGGCAUAGAGUGCAUUUCGAGGAGCUUUGUAUGUCUUUGAUCACUGAGGAUUGUGCUGAAGAUGGUUUUAGCUACAAGGUGGUUCGUGGGGAGUGUGUUUCUUAUUUAGAGCAGAGUAGAAAGGUGAGAGUUGAGAGUUAUUCGUCUAAAAGCGCCACGUGGAGCUACUCUGAGCUGACUUGCUCUCAGCCGAUCUCUCUAACGCCGUGGAACGCAGGGAGAGUGAUCAAAGGCGUGGUUUAUUGGUAUGCCACGGGAGGUAAAGUUGCCAUCUACGACACUAACGAUGAGGAGAAGAAACAGAUCAGUGUGGUGAAGCUUCCAAAGACGUUUGACUAUGAUGAGCAGGUUCUGGGAGAAUCCUCUGAUGGGUGUUUGCAGUAUGGUUGGAGCAAUAAGUCUGUGAUGGAGAUAUGGAAGCUGGAGAAGGUAGGCGAUGUGUUGCAGUGGAGUGUUCAGAUUAAGCUGAGUUUUAAAGUGAUGUGGAGACAGAACCUAUUGGAGUCUUCUAGAUUCAACACUAAGACUAAAGAAACGCAGCUGCUUGCGUUCCUUAACCAGGAUUCCGACUCGGUGUUCAUCAGAUGUGACUCACACAUUUUCAUUUGUGACACGAGGACUCAAAAGGUCGAAGAAGUUCAGUACCAAGGAAGAGGAUCGUCGUUCGUGUGGGAUUUCUGCAAGGUCUUGCCUUACUUUCAACUAUCUUGGCCUUCUUCUUCUUCUUCUCUGUUAGAAGAAAACAACUCCUCAAGAUGAUGUCUCUUGAGGAAGUAAGUAGCUUAUGGCAAGAAUAAGUUAGUGUGUAUGCCUCUGGUAUCAAUUUUGGUGUUGUGACCACUGGAUUAUAGUUUGUUUUGUUAGGGGGCUUAAGUUUUUUUGUUUGAACAUUGUUGAUGAACCCUCUUAUGGCCAUUGAGCUACUGUUUAGUCAUUAAAGAUUGUGCCUUUUGUAGUGAC